CUGGAAAACGACCACCGAUCUAACACUCCUUCGCCACUCCCUUAAUCUCCUCCUUUCCCAUCUUCUCCUUCCAUUUUCCGUACCAGAGAAAGAGAUUUUGGAAUUCGUCUCUUCAGAUCCAUUGCCGCAUUUCCCCCGUCUUCUGACUUUCCGAAGACGACGAUUGACCAUGGCGGCUACCAAUCGGAGCGUUGCGGCGGUCUUGCUGCUGCUGAUGCUCUGCGUGGUGGGUUUGGCGGCGGUGGUCCGCGGCGACGACUCGGAGCCGGCGGUGGUGGUGAAGAAGGUGAAGGGGAAGAAGUACUGUACCAAAGGCUGGGAAUGCAAGACGCCUUCCGUUUACUGCUGCAACGAGACGAUCUCCGAUUUCUUCCAGACCUACCAGUUCGAGAAUCUCUUCUCCAAGAGGAACACCCCCGUCGCUCACGCCGUCGGGUUUUGGGAGUACCGGUCGUUCAUCCUCGCUGCCUCUCUCUUCCAGCCGGACGGUUUCUGCACCACCGGCGGGAAGCUGAUGCAGAUGAAGGAGCUCGCCGCUUUUCUCGCCCAUGUCGGCAGCAAAACCACUUGUGGUUAUGGAGUGGCGACUGGAGGGCCGUUAGCUUGGGGUCUAUGCUAUAAUAAGGAAAUGAGCCCUCAGCAGUCGUAUUGUGACGAUUACUUCAAAUACACCUACCCUUGUACCCCUGGAGCUGAUUACUAUGGUCGUGGCGCCAUUCCUAUUUACUGGAACUAUAACUAUGGCAAAGUUGGAAAAGGUAUCAAGGCUGAUUUGUUGAACCACCCCGAGUACUUAGAGCAAAAUGCUACCUUGGCUUUCCAGGCUGCCAUUUGGAUGUGGAUGACACCAGCGAAGAAGUCGCAGCCUUCGGCCCAUGAGGUCUUUGUUGGCGACUGGAAGCCCACGAAGAACGAUACCCUGUCCAAGCGCAUUCCUGGGUUCGGUACAACAAUGAACAUUCUCUAUGGUGACAAUGUCUGUGGCCAGGGCGAUAUUGAUCCCAUGAACAACGUCAUCUCCCAUUACCUUUACUAUCUCGACUUGAUGGGUGUAGGCAGGGAGGAAGCAGGGCCUCAUGAGUUCCUCUCUUGUGGCGAGCAGGUUGUAUUCAACCCAUCAGCAGCCAAUCCUAGCCAAGACUCUUGA